CUGGGAGAUGUAAGAAUUAUUAUUUUUGAGUGUGACACAUAUGUUUCUCAAUUAGAUACAUUCUAGUCAAUCUGUGGCCUAUUUGCAUAGAUUAUCAGUAAUGUGAGCAACGCGGCGUGCUCACCAGCAUGUGGGAACGUCACAAUAGAGACGCUCGAAGAAAGGAGAUUGAAUCUGUCGUCUGUUGGGUGCCAUCUGAAGCUUAGCUGAUUGCUCUUUCUUUCAGUGAAUUAGGAGACACGCUACCCGAGAUCCUCCAAACUACUCGACUCCCAGCUCUAACAAACAGAUCUGAUUCUCAUAGAGACACUGCUCCGCGAGGUUUCAAAUUAAAAGUGUGAAAAAAUGCUCCAAAUGAGCUUUGGAGUCUGUAGGGGGGGAAGCUGCUGUGCAGCAGUGGCUGUAUGGCAACAAAGUAAAGUAGUUUUUCAUGCAGUGUAUCAGCUGUGGAGAGGUUAUCUAAAACAUACACCAACCUAACCCGAAGCCACGUUAGGUGGCUUUGAUCAGACUCUUAAUUCUUACCGGGAAGCAUCACACAGUGCUGGAGCCUCAUUGAAAAUUUGACAAGCCCCUCCUAAAUAUAGUGUGCCUCGGCUUUGUGUGGUCUUAUGUUUUACAUUGUCUCACAUUAAAGUCAGUAUUUUUAUAGAAGGAGACACAGAGGUAAAGAGAGUUUUGAGUAUAGCAUCACUCAGAUGUGCCUCAAUGGCCUGGAGGGGACUGCUGAACAUUGCUGCACCUGCAAUGUGUGUGUGUGUGUGUGUGUGUGUGUGAGACAGAGAGGAAAAGACAGAGGGACAAUCCGCCUUAAUAUUCCUAUGUUUCUGUCAUUGUUAGCGUAUGUUUUCUUUCUCACAGCUUGAGUUUCUCAGUUUGAAAUGCAACACCUGCAGAUGUGUCUUGUAAACGGCAGCCGCCAGCUCCUCUCCCAUUCAGAGGGGACCAUUGAAACAAAGCAAUUAAAGCAGCUCUCUCCACGGGGCGAAGACUCGGUCCAUGGGUGUGCCUGCCUGUGCGCGAAUGAUUUUCCAUUGUUUUAAAGCCAGAAUCUUUAGAUUGAACGGCGAAGAGCUCCACACUCCAGGAGAAUGUGCUAGUCAAAACAUUAGCAGCUCUGUCAUAUUCGUGUGUGUUUAAAUAUGGAAGUCAGAGGUCACUGACAACCUGUUGACACAGCGCAGAUUUAUGCAACGCGCACAACCGUGCAAACAUAUAUCCGCAGCCCAGGUUUCGACUCAGCGGUGGUUUCUUGUUGCUGCUGAUCUCCGGGUCCUUGCAGCUCCAGAUACCAGAGGCUGAGUUAUUUCUCCGCUCCGCUCCCUGACCCUCCUAAUUGAGAACGGCUGUUACUGAGAAAGAGCGAGCUAAAGAGACAGAGAAAGAUUGAGAACAGAUACUUGUGUGAAAGCACACGACUCUUAAGAGCAAAAGAAAGACCGAAUGAAAGGAGCAAAGAGCUAAACCUGUGGAGGCCAAAGCUCAUAGAGGGUGCUCCUCUUUCACGCCCCUUGAUCAUCUCUAUCUCUUCCUCUUCUUGCCGUAAACCAACAGGAGCCAAGCGCAGUGUCUCAAACGUAGGAGGGGUCGUUAGUGUCGUACAUGAUGGCCGUAGGAAGGAGAAAAGGAGGGAAGCACUGUUUAGGGUGGAGGGAGAAUCACAUAAAGCAAAGUCAAACCAGAGGGCUGGGGAAGAGGAGCGGUGAGAACAGUGACAGCUGCAAGCAUGUCGUACUGGGUGAUGGUCUGUCCGUCUGUCAGAGCAGAUAUUUCUGUCUGUUUAGUGCUGCCUUACUGGCUGCCAGAGACACUCCUCGUGUCAUCGCUGGGUGCCUGCUGUCACUGGCUAAAAAGGAGAGAGGGAGUGGAGUGUGUACGCGAGCAUGCGUGUGUGUGCGCACAGGGGUGUGUGUGUCAGCGAGAGUGACAGAGAGAAACUAGAGCAGCUGUCUUGAAAGCUCUUCCACUCUGUCAGUACAUCUAGAAUCUGCUUUCCCCUGAUAUCUCCUCACUGAGGCAGUGUUUUAGUCAGAUGUUUGGUCAGAAGUCUCAGUUUUUCCCUGAUAAAGGAACACUUUGGGGAAAUCAGUAUGUUGUGUAGCUUAUCUGUUAAGAUAACGAGAUCAUAAGCGCUGUAAAGCCUAUAUUUGCAACACACUGUUUAAUGUUGUAAUUUUAGUCAGUAAAUAUGUGUUACAUACAUCUACAUUACCUGUAUUUGUAGCAAAACUGCUUCUAUGUGGUUGUAGCUUUGGCAUGCCGACUUGCCGAUCAUGGUUGAAGACCAGGCACAACCCCAAAUGGCAAAAGCACACCCCUACUGCAGCAGCCUCCCCAGCAAGGAUGCUGUGCCCCACUACACUACAGGACUGACUUUACACUUACUAGAUCAGAAUCUGAGAGUAUUCAAAAGCUUCAGCAAAAUUUAGUAUACUGUAUUGAGUGUACAGUGCACAUAUAGAACUUUAUAUCCUAAGUGCUAAGCGAAAAGGACACCAGCAGAGCCGAAGGUGGUUAUCUUCAGGUUCACCAUGAUACGAAUAUCUGAUGAUUGAUGGUUUUUCUUUUAAAAAUAUCACAAAUGAGAGAAUAGGAGUGCAGCUAGAGUACCAUGUCGAUAAACAGUAUCAGUAAACUGCCGUUAAAAUAUGAUACCCAUCCUUGACUAAGCCCAGAUUAGCCUGGAUGAGCCACACCUUUCAAAGCGGCUUCGUGGCGCUGGUGUGUUCAUGCUUUGUUGAAUGACAGGCUUUGUGAAGUGUCUCUCUUGGUCAGCCUGAACACUGCUAUAUUGAAGUUUUGCAGACACGUAACCGCAAAGUGACGUGACAUUUUGGACGUGGGACAGCUACAGUCACAAUGUAGAAUAGAGCGAACAAGGCCCCAUUCACACAGGCUUAGAGACUGAUCUGCAACCAUCUGGCAACCGCCGGUUCACUGAAUGGUUAUUGGAGGGAAAAUUAUUACCUAAGCCCCAGCCACACAGGCAUAUGAACAUGCCACUUUAUAGAACUGGCAGCCACCUGUUGCCAGAGAAAAGUGUUGGUUGCUUUGGUUCAUAGCAUAUUGCUGUGGUUUUACUUUGAAUGGAAGUGAUGUUCUUGUCUACAAACACUGUGCAGCUACUGUCCGAGCUAUAGUGAAACUGUAGAAAGUCAGAACCAAACUGGAAAUGAAGACGAUUCGCUUUCAAAGCAACAGUUUUGAAACACAUAGACUCAUCUUUUACUUUGAAGGUGAAAAUGUGCCACUUUACUUCCUGAGUAGUUAGCAAGAAGUUGCAGAGAAACACGAAAAAAAUGCAAGCAUCCGACAAUCUCCAGAAACCACCACCAACCAGUUGGGGAAUACAUUUUCCCCCCUACAAGCCAGUGGUUGAGUCACAUCCAAUAUGGUGUACAACUACAGUGUGAGGUGAUAUCACACGAGAAGUCAUACAUUUUUCAAAAUAAAGCAAUGUAGGAUGUCACCAUCGAAAAGGUUUGACACUUUUAUUUUCUUGGACUAUCAAGAAAUUUGAAGCUGUUUCCUGUGGAGUCAGUGAGAACAGAAUUUUUACUAUCUUACACUGUUAAUAAGUAGAGACAGUGAAUAAUGACCCACAUUUUGAAGAAGCAGAACUUUUAAGCAUGCACACGCUGCUGGCUGAUGGCAGAGGGUUAGUUUAAUCUUAGAAUAACUUGUAGAGGCUGUAAUGAGAAGACAUGGUAGUAGGCAGGCGAGUCUGUCAGCGUUGUGUAGGUGGCACAAUUUACAUGAAAUAUUAAAUAAAAAUAGCAUACGGUUUUAAAUUUCCUGGGUCAACAGAAUGUGAGUGUGGGAGGCACAGUGAGACGGUGUGAAGCUGAAAAUCACUGUGCACAGAGCGUGCCCACCCGAAAUACUUCCAAAAGUCAACCUAGAUGGUCUGUUUAGUCUUUAUUGAAAUAUUCAAUGUUUGUCAGUUUAUAAAUGUGAAGGCUAAGACGUCAAAAACAGCCGACGGCUGUUUAGUAAAAGGUUUGGCCUCUCACGCUGGAUAAUGGUAGUCAUAACAGCUGCUAUCAUUUAACAUGCUGAAGAGAAGUUAAAGGCACCAAGUGGAAGGAUUUUCAGUGCGUGCAUUUUCAGUACUUAAACAAUCGGGCAAUCUCCUUUGUUCAUACAAAUCAUAGGUUUUUAUGUUUUACUAAUAUGGUGUGUUUUUGACCAUCGAUUGUUUUGAUUGAAGUCAUCUGUUGUUGGAGUGUUGUCAUCUGAUUACAAACAUGUGCUUUUCAACAAUCAAGAUGGCCCUGGAGUGAGGUAAUGGAAUAUUUAAAACAAAGAUGUAAGAGCAUUAGCGAGGCUUUAGGCUGCACGGUGGCUCUGUGGUUAUCCUAAAAGUCGAGAGUUUGCACCCACUGGAGUGAAUGUGUGCAACCUGAGCUGGAUGUGGGCUGGGGAAAUGGAUAGAUUUUGUGCAGUUUAGAGAGCGCUCUCAAUGUUUGAACUUUCCUUGACCUUUCUCUGACUGUUUGAUGGGUUAUCUCAGCAAGACGGCAAGACUCGUAUGACUUAAUGAAUCAAGGAAAUAGCGUCACCUAAGUCUCCCGGGCUAAUUUCAGCAGCGGCGUGAGCCCCCACAUUGAUGUUGCCUGUAAUUUUGCGGCAGCCGUGACAACAUUAGUGCAACUUUAGAUCCUGUGCUGUCAGUGUCAGCCUCUUCUGGCUCCUCAGCUGCCUCCGCAGCCCUGUAACCACACACUGCUGUUUAUGUUCUUUAGGUUAACACAGUUAUCUCUGUGCGCAACCGGAGCCGUCAACCUACACGGGCACUUUGGCACAUGUGUGCAGUUGCGUGUGUGCAGCUGCAGGACCUGCCUCCCUCCAGAAAGAGCUGCAGGGACUUGCCAGUAUUUUCAUUCCCUCUAGAGGCAUUUCCGCUCACCAACAAAGCCCUGCCUGAGUGAUGAAACGAAGAGGAAGCAGCUUUUGUGAAGGGAGCAGCCAAAUUCUGUCUGUGUGUUGGUGCGUGUGCGUGUGCACUGCUGACCCUGGCUAACAGUUCGCUACAUGCAAAUUUACUCUUCAGCUUGCAGUUCAGGUUGCUCCAGGCUCUUGUUUGCUCACAAGCCUACUGUACCACAAGAACAAGCCUACUCUGUAUCCCAUUCAAGAAAACAAAGUUGCCUCCUGUUUGCCUCUAAUUGACUGGUAUAAUUCCUGGCUUGUUGGAUUGGUUAGUGUUUUUUCACAGGGCUUGUUAGCACUGGCCUUUACUUCCUCUGUAGCUGUUGCCAAAAAGGAAAUGUAUGCUGUAGCUCAGGUCACAAUUCUCCAGAGUGUCUGGCUCUGGGAAGGAAUUGAAUCGAGCCAAUAAUACAAAAAAACUUCUCAUUGUAAAGUAGAAAUGACAUAAAAAACGAAAAGCAAAUAACACUGAUAUAAAUGAUCGUUUUGGGUUCUUUCUCUGUGCGAAUAUCACUUUUUCUCUGCUGAGUGAAUAGCCUUUGUUUAGUCUGUGAUUUCUAGAAAUAACUCCUCGGUUUUGAUAAUAACUAUGGUUGGUGGGAAAACAUCAUUAUUGCUUUCUCACUUGAGGUCAUGACACAGCUACUGAGUUGUUGUUUUUUUUUGUAAUUUUCAAAUGGGUGCAAAAGCAGCAAAACUGCUGGAUCUGACAACCGCAGAGAUUGAGAUUUUCUCUGGGGUUGUCUACAGAGUCAGCGUCCUGUGGGUUGACAGCCAGGGCCCUGUGACACACGCUCAUGGCCAUAAACAGGGAUUUAGCCCUCUGGAGAAAAUAACCUUGAUAAUUACUGGGUGCAUAUGGACCUGCCCACAGAGGGAGAGGGAGGGAGGAGACGAGAGCUGACUGAGAAGGAGAGAGAAGGGAGAGAGCCACAUCCGCUGGUGCAUUCCUGCAUGCUGUGUCAUACUGGUGCUGAGUUUCCCCUCGGUUUGCACGGAGAUUUCCACAAGGUGGAGAGUGCAAAGAGCUACUGACGCAGCGCUUGGGGCUGUGGAUGCUGACAUUUAAAGUUUAACAAAGCAAAAAGCACAUGCAUACACUCCCCAAAGUAACAAAAAGACAACAUAAAAAAAAUGGAGGCAUGUGAGGGUGGGAUACAUGGAAAGAAGGGGGCAUAUAUAGCCUGGCAACCUAACUCAUGAGUUGAACUCUGCUCUCCUGGUUGCUUUCUGCUCUCAUCACGUGGCCUCUGUGGUAUAGUUGAACUGGGCAUCAUUACAGCACAGCCAGAGCCGAAUGUCUGUGGCUGGCUCACUGCCCCGUCUGCCUGCCUGUCAUUCAGCUGGUUAAAGAAGCCUUGUUGAACAACUGCACCGUGCCUGACUACUACAGGGCCAUUCAUUGCGUGCAACAGCCAAGUCCUGUCACCAGUGUUAGCUAGCAACAUACCAAUUUACUACUAGAAACGACUCGGGCAUUUUGCUCGGUAAGCACAGUUUCCCCCGAGCAACCUCCUAACCCAUUUUUUUGAAGUUUGGAUUUCAGAGAGCACGCCCCUCUAACAGAACAAGCCUCUUCAGACAAACGCGGUGUUCGCGUCUCAGAGAUGUUUUCCGCCUCUGUUGAAUGUACGCCAUUGAGCGCAUAGUGGGAUACACUGAUCCAUUCCCCAAGGAAUCACACAACAACAGCAAAACACAAAAAAAACAAACCAAAAAACAACAAAACAGAUCCUUUGUGCCGCCUGUAACGCUGGAUCUCUCAAACAGAAGAGCUGAAAAUACACUUCAUCACUCUGAGAGGGUUUUUGCCUCCCCCCACCCCACAUGCGUUGGGCUAAUCCUGUCACAGCUGACCUGCGUCUUGGUGAACUGUUCUCCGUCCUUUUCUCAGUCCCAGAGUGGCACACACAGAGAGGACAUGCAUGAGAGUCAUAACUUCAACAGGCGCUCUUUCUCCCUUUCGUUACAUGCUUUAUUCCUGCUCUCAUUCUUGAUUCCUCCAGCUCUUGUCCCUCUCUUGUCCUUUUUGCCCCCUCCCCACCCUUAACCCUCACUCUGUCUGCAUCCCUAACAUCCUCCCGCUAUGAUUAGCAAUAGUGUUUUUUUUCCCCAGCCAGUGUAAUGUCUAGAUCCUCCUGUGUCCUUGGAAAGCAGCCUAAUAAGCUCAGACACACACUGAUGUCUCUGUGCACCACAGGCCUAUUCUCCAGCGUCAGCCAGCACACACUGAGGUAAACAAAGACUGCCACACACACGCACACAGACACACACACACACUAUCCUAGUGUGCUAAUAGACCAGCAUACCAACCCACUGAGGACAGCGUUGACGCUAGCUUGCUAACGUUGACCUUCCGUGUGCCAAUCACAACAAAUCUGCUCUCCCGAUUUGAAUAUGGGGAGGAAAACAGUGUAAAUUGAAAGCAGAAAUCCCCCUGGUGUGAGACAAGAUGAGACUCUGAAUAAAUUAUUCAGAUGGCAGCCUCUUUCCUGUAUGAUUCUCGCCUUCUGCUACGUUUAAUGGCAUCUGUGAAGACGCCCAUUCGAGAUUAAUCCAGAUGUAAGACGUUUGUGCGCGUAUGUUUGUGCGAUCUUACAUUUGUAAGAACGCGUGCAUGUGUGUGUGUGUGUUGCCCGCUCACCCCUCUUCUCAUGCGUCCCGUUGUGUCGUGUGAUGGGGAAACAAAGCCUCAACAGGGGAAUUUAUUUCUUCUCCAGAGAGGGCUGUAAAUAAACAACUAGUGAAUCAAUGCCUCCAUUUGUUUUUUCUCUGAUAAUUCUGCCUGUGGCGUCAGGCGGUGUGACAGUGUUUUGCAAGCCAGCGUAGCUCUCAGCAGCCAUAUUUCCUCUUGGUGAGAGUGAGAAAACAUGCCACACUGGCCUCAUGUUUCAUUACCUAGGAUCAGUAAAUUACCGCACACUUUUUUCUUUCUUUUUUUAAUAUCAUUCACUGAAGCUCGUUUAGCACCAUGAUGGCGCCUUUGUAUGAAUGGGAAAAAACACCAGCAUUAGAGCUGCUCAGUCAAUUAAAGACAGACAGGCAUAGAAAUUACUGUGUUCAGCUGAAUGAAAAAAAUAACCCACAGUAGGCCCUGUGGUUUCAAUCAACGGUGACCUUCCCCAACAGAAGUACUUACAAAUGUUUGGAUAUUAAAUAUUACAGCGCGCUUUGUAAUGCACUCUUUGAAUUCAUGUUCAUGUUAUAAUCAAAGUGUAAAGAACUUUGCAGGUUAUUAAAAAAGAGUUUUGAAUAGGUUAGUUCACUUAAAUGACAGUAAAACAUAUUUACUCACUUACUCACUUAAUGGGAGCUUUGAUGACUCUCAGCAUACACAGUCCAGUUCGAUUCUCAUCUUGAUUUUUUUUUCUUUUUUAUGGGGUUUAAGUAAAAAAAAACAAAACUAAACAGGGAAGGUAAAACAACAAAAAACCUGUUUUUUAGAUAUAUUUCCAUUUCAUUCUUGACCUUAAUCUGAUCUUUAAACAUUGCAGCUUUCACCAGACUCCAGCGCUUUACUGGGCUUUUAACAGCUUUACGUGGCAGCUAGCAUAAGCAUCAUAAUAAAAAAUAACAUCUAUUUUAUUCUCAAUGCUAGGCUAAUGCAAGUACCCUUAGUGCUUUCCAUAGGAAUGAAGCAGGUACGUAGCACCCAGGUCCUGCUAAUCAAAUGCACUUCAUUAUUAGAUCAUCAGCAAGUAUGAGCACCUCUAUUAAAGCACAAGAUUUGGCAGUUUGCUGGUCUGGUGCAUUCAGAAACAUGUGCCACACACGUCCCAGCAAAUUCAACCCAAAGCAUUUUUAAUUUUGCCAGCAGAUGUUUUUAGUUUUAGUCGUCAUUUAGGCUUCUAAAUCAGUGGUUCCCAACCCCCGGGCCACGGACCGGUCUGUGAAAAUAUUGUCGGGCACAAACCGGUCCAUGGCGCAAAAAAGGUUGGGGACCGCUGCUCUAAAUGAUUGUUUUUUUAGUCUAGUUUUAUCUGACUACAUAUCAUAAGAUUAUAGUAGACUAAAUCCAAAGUUGAUUCAGUUGACUAAACUAUAAAGUGUAAAAAUUAGUUGUGUUUUUAACGGUGAGAGUUGCUCUACAAGAUGUCUUUACAUUACAUCAUCCUUUUUGUCUGCAUGCAUUAGUUUUUUUUUUUUUAAUUUAUCGUCUUGUGUUUGUCAGAAAAGACAGGUCGUUGAUGAAAACAAUGACGGAAAUUAUUGGUCAGUUAAAUUAACACGGCCCCAAAGGUCAGCACGUCCAAUGCUCAGAGAAACUGCAAGAAAGGAAAAACAAGAGCUAUAUCUUAGACUCUAGAGCCCCCAUUUACCGUUUUAAAGUUGCAUGCGGACAAACACUGAGACUUCUGGAACAAAAUCCUCUGGAUAGAUAAGAUCAAAGUGGAGAGAAUGCAGAAUUUGGCGGAAACCAAAUAGGUCAGGCAGCAUUACAAUGAUCCCAAGCACAGCAGAAAACGUAAACAGAAUGGCUGAAAAAGAAACGAAUUAAGGUUCUGCAAUGGUCGAGUCAAACCCCAUACCUAAGAGAGCUGUACAUAAAGAGAUGAUGUCACAAAAGCAACACGUUAUUGUUGCUAAAUGUUGUUCUACAAGUUAGUGAAUCAUGUAGGUGCACUCAGUUUUUCACAAGACUAUACAUGCAGAUGUACAUUUAAAAAAGGAUUUGGUGCUAGCAGCUCUGUCUAUCUUGGGAUCCAGGUAUCUUAAUAUCUGGCCAACUAAGCCCAGCUCCUUUACUUUUAAACUGUUUGUUUUCCUUAAAUGCACUUCUGCAAUCUUCAAUAACAAUAAUUAGCGCAGGUUCUAGAAAAUAUGGGGGGAGUUGCUUAUAUUAGCUACGGUUGGAUGGCUAAUGGGAAAGUGAAUAAUGGUGUAAACAGAGUGUUCCUGGUUCUGCAGGAAUAACGUUAACCUCCCAGUGUGCGAACCUUGAUUAGAAGCAAUCAUUCAGCUAAUGCUACUAUUGGUAAUGCCAACACAACUGUACACAAGAGCCUCUAAUGAACACUGGUUUACUGUGGUUUCUUUGUACUGAAGUACCCUUCUCUAUAUCCCAUAUCCAAGUGUGAAAUUACAAUAUCAGAUCAUAUUUAGUUAAUUAAACCCAUAUGACUAAUUUAAUUUGACUCAAAUGUGGGGAAAGUGAAUAAAUCAUGGAGGCGUAUUUAGCUUGCUAGCACUGGUGUUAACAGUAAUUAAAUGUGGGGCAAUCUGUAGCCUGUGAAGAUAGCUCAAGUCUUUUCUUUCUGCCUACUGUACAAGUACACAUGUGGAAGAAAUGUAAGCCAGACGGGGCUUUUUCGGGGGGAGACGUCUUGCAGAAUAUUAAUGAAAUGAUGUGUGAGUUUCAAACAUAGAAAUAAGCGAGUCAAAGAUGCAGUCUUGUAAAGUAGGCUAGUGCAUUAAUAGUCAGCGAGCGACUGUCCCAUUAGGAGAUCUGCACAUCUUAGUUAGAGAAGAGCCAGAAGCAGAGAAGAAAUAUUCCUCCAUGAUUAGAGUCGGGAGAGUUCAAAGACAGCUGGUUUUUGCAGCUAGAUGGGCACAAAGCACUCACAAGGAAGACAAGAAAUCAACUUGUAUUUGUCAUUUAAGUAUUUUAUGCUUCAUAUUUGGCAGGGAUUAGAGAUGCAUAUUCUCUCCAGCUCUGUCAGUCCUUGUUAUGCGCUUCCAUUUUGUCAGAUGCACAACGGGGUGCUUUAUUGCAUCUCGAUAAAUGUUGCCACCUAAGCCUUGUUUUCCUAUCACUAAAAAGCACGUUGUGUUUUGUCACACUCCCUCAUGCGCAUGGCACUUUGUUUUUUGUUCAUUUUAGACUCGCUCUGUGAUUGAUGAGGAUUAAGAAACGGAUUUUGCCUAACAGGAAACACAAGAACAUCCUUAUUCAAACUGAGUAAAAGAGCUCUUUAAUGGAGUCCCGAUAGAGACGUCAAGAUGAACACGUUACCAUCAAUGGACCGGCACAUCCAGCAGACCAAUGACAGGCUGCAGUGCAUCAAACAGCACUUACAGAACCCAGCCAACUUCCACUCAGCGGCCACAGAGCUGCUCGACUGGUGUGGAGAUCCCCGGGCCUUCCAGCGACCUUUCGAGCAAAGUCUCAUGGGAUGUCUGACGGUGGUGAGUCGUGUUGCUGCUCAGCAGGGGUUUGACUUGGACCUGGGCUACAGGCUGCUGGCUGUAUGUGCUGCCAACAGGGACAAAUUCACUCCUAAAUCUGCAGAAACCAGCACCUGCAGGAGAUGUCAGAGUGAUUCAGCCCUGCUGUCGUCGUGGUGCGAGGAGCUGGGUCGCCUCCUCCUUCUGCGUCACCAGAAGAACAGACAGAACGAACCGCAGGGGAAAGUCCCCAUGCAGCCCGGCAUGAACAGCAUGAAGCCCGGCCUCACGCACAGUGAUGGCUCAUUUCCCUAUGACUCUGUCCCCUGGCAACAAAACGCCAACCAGCCCCCUGGGUCAUUGUCCGUGGUUACAACAGUGUGGGGCGUUACCAACACAUCACAGAGUCAGGUGCUAGGCAACCCAAUGGCAAACAGCAAUAACCCCAUGAAUCCUGGGGGUAACCCAGUGGGAUCGGGCAUGUCUGGCAAUGCAGCAGGGCUCAAUUCACCCCAGUUCAAUGCGCAGCAGCAACAAUUCCCAAAUAAAGGCGGUUCCAGCCAAUCAUACAUGCAGCAGAGCAUGUACGGCAGGCCCGGCUACCCCGGUGGUCCUGGAGGAUACAGCGGGAGUUACUCUGGAGGCCCGAAUGCACCACCAGGAGGUAUGGGAAUGGCCUCCCACACACGUCCUCCUGGUGACUUCACCCAGCCAGCUGCUGCAGCUGCAGCUGCUGCUGUUGCUGCCGCUGCUGCUACCGCGACAGCCACUGCAACAGCCACUGUAGCGGCUCUGCAGGAAACCCAGAAUAAAGACAUGAACCAGUAUGGACAGAUGUGUCCAUCGUUCCAGAUGGGCCAUGCUCCAGCCUACAAUAGCCAGUUUAUGAAUCAGCCAGGCCCACGAGGUCCCCCUGGGGGAAUGAAUCCAUCCAGCAUGGGAUCUGCCAUGAACAACCCCAAUAUGAGCGGCCCUCCAAUGGGUAUAAACCAGGCGAGAACCCCAGGCAUGACGCCUUUUGGAGCUCACAGCCAGAGGAUGCCUCAGCAAGGUUAUCCCGGUGGACCUCGACAGGGCAUACCCAUGCAGGGGAUAAAGAGGCCAUAUCCUGGAGAUGGAAGCUAUGGAGGUCAGCAGUAUGGGCCAAACAGUCAGUUCCAACAGCAGGGGCAGUAUCCCUCAUCAAAUGCCUCCAGACCAUUGCCCUCUCCUAACUACCCCAGCCAGAGGAUGCCGGGGCAACAGGGCCAAGGGCAGUACCCGCCUGGCAUGCCCAUGAGCCAGUACUACAAGCAGGAGCCCUUCAACGGUCAGAGCACCAACUUCUCUGGAGGCGGAUACUCUUACGGCCAAGGCAGUGGGCCCCCCAGGCCUGGUAACUACCCACACUCUCCAGUCCCCGGAAACCCCACACCUCCCAUGACCCCGGGAAGUAGUAUUCCGCCGUAUCUGUCGCCAAACCAGGAUGUGAAGCCCCCGUUUCCAGCCGACAUGAAACCAAAUAUGACAGCGCUUCCGCCCCCUCCAACUAUCCCCAACGAGGAACUACGUCUGACGUUCCCAGUCAGGGACGGAGUGGUGCUGGAACCGUUCCGCUUGGAGCACAACCUGGCUGUCAGCAACCACGUCUUCCACCUUCGACCGUCCGUCCACCAGACCCUCAUGUGGAGGUCUGACCUCGAGCUGCAGUUUAAGUGCUACCAUCAUGAAGACAGGCAAAUGAACACCAACUGGCCUGCUUCCGUCCAGGUCAGCGUCAACGCCACGCCUCUCACCAUCGAGAGGGGAGACAACAAAACCUCCCACAAACCCCUGCACCUGAAGCACGUUUGCCAACCCGGGAGGAACACCAUCCAAAUUACGGUCACCGCAUGCUGUUGUUCCCACCUGUUUGUGCUUCAGCUGGUCCACAGGCCAUCUGUGCGAUCCGUCCUCCAGGGGCUCCUGAAGAAGAGACUCCUCCCUGCAGAACACUGCAUCACCAAGAUUAAGAGAAACUUCAGCAGCGUUGCGGCCUCGGCGGGCAACACUACUCUUAACGGGGAAGACGGCGUGGAGCAGACGGCCAUUAAAGUGUCUUUGAAAUGUCCCAUCACGUUCAGACGCAUCCAGCUACCUGCGAGGGGGCACGACUGCAAGCAUGUUCAGUGCUUUGAUCUGGAGUCCUACUUGCAGCUCAACUGUGAGAGGGGGACAUGGAGGUGUCCUGUGUGCAAUAAAACUGCGUUAUUAGAAGGUCUGGAGGUGGAUCAGUACAUGUGGGGAAUCCUGAAUGCCAUCCAAAAUUCAGAGUUUGAGGAGGUAACUAUAGACCCCACAUGUAGCUGGCGACCUGUCCCCAUCAAGUCUGAGCUACACAUCAAAGAAGACCCCGACGCACCGCUGGCCAAGCGCUUUAAAACAAUGAGCCCGAGUCAGAUGACCAUGCCUAAUGUGAUGGAAAUGAUCGCACAGCUAGGGCCAGGCCCCGGCCCAGGAUCUGGGCCUGGACCUGGGCCGAGUCCAUACCCACCACACCCCGGUCAACAUGUUAGUGGCAACGGGGGAGAUUACCCGGGAGCAGGCAACAGCUACCACACCCAGGGGAAUUUCGACUUCCCUCACGGGAACCCCUCCGGCGGCGGAGGAGGUGGAGGGGGUCCCCCUAUGAAUGACUUCAUCCAUGGACCUCAGCUAUCCCAUCCUCCGGACGGGCCUGGUGGUCUCCUCCCACAGGAUAAGCCCCUCAGCCACAGCAUGAAUGAUCCAAUGUCCCAUUCCGAUCAGUCCCAUAACUCCAUGCAGCAGCAGCAGAGCUUGCAUGCGUCUCCCCACCCCGGCGGCCAAACAGGGCCGCCUUUACAUCACAGUGUCCAGUCAGGGCAGCCCUUGCAUCACAGUGGCCAAUCAUCGCACCCGCCUCGCCAGUCGCAGCCUCAGCCGCAGCCUCAGCAUCCCGGGCAGAACAGUCAUCCUCACAGCGAUCUGAACUUUAACCCCUCCUCAGAUGGGCAGAUGGGUCAGGGAGCCCAGGAUAUGCCCGAACCCUCCCUGGAUUUGCUUCCCGAACUGGCGAAUCCAGAAGAGCUACUCUCGUACCUGGACCCCCCCGACCUUCCCACCAACAGCAACGACGACCUCCUCUCCCUUUUUGAGAACAACUAGCACCUUCGCCUUGCCCACGAGCCCCUCGUUCACCCCCGCGGGAGUCGUGACGUGUCGGACCACCCCGUCCACAGACGCCUGACCGACCUCCUGUUAACACUUCAAAUCAGCUUUCUUAUGCACUUACACACAAACAGAGAAUGUGCGGCACAGGAGCACAGCUGGGGGGGGGGCACCUGUUUGGGAACUCCUAGGGAGAGAGCAGGAGAGCCUCUCGUCCCCCACACUUCCUUCUUUCGCUUGUGCAAAGAUUCAACACACCAGUUCCACCACCUCUGACUCAAAACACGCCAUUUACAGCCAUGUCGGUGGGCACUAAAGUGACUUCAUAUAUACAUAUAUAUAUAUAUAUGUGUGUGUGUGUAUAUAUGUAUACAUAUACAUAUAUAUAUAUUAAAUAUUUGUGACUUUUUUUCAACUGAAAAACUGUGCAGCUAUAAUCAUUAUAUGUAAUCAACACAGAGGAGACAGGAGCCGUUGUGGGCUCCAGGAAAAGUGUUGUAGCUUUGUUGUUUAUAUAAAUAUCUAUAAUUUUCAUUUUAAAAAAAAAGGACGAGAGUCGGCGGCAAAGACAUUGUCUUGUAAGAGUGUUUUUACCCUUGAAAUGUGUUCUUCCAAAACUUUGGCGUAUGCCAUGCCCUUUGACCUUGCCACCCCCCCACCUCCCUAGACUUCUGAAUGUGUGUGUGUGUGUCUGUGUGUGCGUGAGGUGGUUAAAUAACUGGAACUCAUCAGAAUCAGUGCACUGAGAGGACAAACUCAAUUGUCCUUGAGUGUCAGCGGAGGAGGCGAGUGCACAUAGUGUGAAAUGUGGUGUGUGUGUGUGCCCGACUGCGAGUGUGUUUCCGCGUCCUCUUUCGUUUGCCUGCGAGCGUACGUGGAAAACAGCAGGAGAGAGAAAGUUUGAGACAGAAGAGGAGGGGGGAGGGAGGGGACAAUCUAGCUUAAAGAGCUGUCUCAGCACCUGUGUAUUUAUUGUGACGUUUCACUUCUCAUCGAAUUCAGCACCGUUUCCAUCACAAGUGCAUGUGUGCCAACGGCUCCUGUUGUCUUUUGUCCAGCCUAGAUGUGCUUGAUCAAAUCAUUAUCUUUCUAGUCUUUAUAUUUAUUAUUUUAUUGUAAAUUCAUCGGGGGUUUUUUGUUCUUUGUCAGCGUCUUUGUGUUUUCUUCGUUCAACCUCCUGCUCCCUUUCCCUUUAUUGACACGAAUCAGUCACCGCAGCUGUCCUGUGCUUUUUGUAAGGGGUUGAGUCUGGAUAUUACUGUGUGUUGGUGUAACAGCAGGAUUUCAGCAUCCCACAGACAUCCACAGAAGUUUUUAAAAUCACUGUUUUAUAAAAAAAAAAUCAAACACACACACACACAGAAAAAAAAUCUGUAUGACUGUACUGAUCUUUUGUUGUUUUAUUACUGUUUGGGAGGGGGAAGAAAAAAAACAACCUGCAUGACCCGACAGUGUUUCCAGAGCUGUUGUAUAUACCCUUUGUGAAUACAUUGUGAAUGUACAGUACUGUACCUAACUAUUACUGGCAUCUACAUGGUACUGCGUGUCUGUCGGUGACAACUCACACACAUUAAAUACACACAGUCCCCAAUAAACAGUCCAACAUUGUAAGGAAUUGAUUUAAAUGCACUCUCACUGGCUUUGUAUUAAGUACCUGUGUAUUGUGUACAGUUUUUUCCAUUACUCUGUGACUUUGAAUCAGCGGGAAGAAACAUAUAAAAGGUUGUUAAUGCAGCUCUGAGGUCCAAAUUUCUCCAAAACGUAUUUGUUCAAUAUUAUUGGAUCCUCAUCUUCUUUAUUUCAGGUGAGAAUGUG